AGAGAGAGAUCGCGGGCAGGGUGGACGGCGGAGACGAGCCUGGGUGAGACAGGUAGGCGCGGCUGACCCUGCUGCUGCUGCUGCUGCUGCGUGGGACGACGCAAGGGCUGGGACGGAGCUUCGGCAUCGCCGGUGGAGAAGACCCUUGGGAAGCUCAGGGUUUGGGGGGAACACAUAAGUAUCCUACAUGAAUUACGAAAAUCCUCCACCGUAUCCUGGCCCAGGCCCAACUGCCCCUUACCCACCGUAUACUCAACAGCCAUCAGGCCCUGGUCCAUAUCCUGCCUAUCAGCCGGGGCCUGCAGGGCCAUAUCCAGCUGGUCAACCAGGCUACAAUGGUUACCCACCAUACGGAUGGCAGAAUGCUCCACCUCCAGGGCCAGUCUAUGCAGAUGGACCUAAAAAUACAGUGUACGUUGUGGAAGAACGGCGAAGAGAUAACUCUGGUGAAAGUACCUGCCUGACAGCAUGUUGGACUGCAUUGUGCUGCUGCUGCCUUUGGGACAUGCUGACCUGAGAUCCCCGAGAAGCAAAGCCUUUUAAUACCUCUCUCUUGGAGUGCUAUGCAGUCUCUUCCUCCUCCUUCUGCUCCUCUUGUCUCUUCUUUUCAGCAGCUUUUUAGUACUGUAAUAAAUGAGAUGCUUUGUCCGAGCAUAACAUGCUUGCCAGAGUUGGAUGCAUGAAGCUGAAUACAUCCUUUUUGAUUUGAGUGGAGAAUCCCCCUCCCCUCUUCUUCUUCAUGAUUGUUCCUUACAAAAUGUACUAUAUUUUGUUCAUCAAAAUGCUUUUAAUAUAAAUUAUGUAUUCAUAAUUUACACAUACUUAGAAAUGGAGUAAUAUGCAAUAAUUUAAGGCAUUUCUGGUUUUCUUUACUUGCUUAUUUUCUGUUUUAAUAAAUUUUGUCCAAUAAAAUGUGAUCCAGAAAUCAGUA